UUAACAUUUCAUCUAAUCGGUUAAAAUACUUUAUUUCAUUCUUGCUAUUACAUUCUACAAUAGGAUUAAGAGAAAGAUAUAUCACAUAUCACAUAUAUAUACAUACUGUUAUUGUUAAUUCAAUACUUCGUAAUUUUUAUAAUAUAAAUUUAAUACAGCAUAUACAGAUUUAAUUUGUUUGCAACAUCUAGUGAAAUAUAUUUACAAUAUUACAAUCGCACAACAAAAAUAUCGAAAGUAUCGAUAACUUCAAAAAACAGCAUCGAUAGAUUUCGAAAGCAGCAACUAUUGAUAUUCCUCUACCACUAUUGAACAGUACACAUUUCCAUUUGGCAGCCUAUGGGAAUGUUUCGUGAAGAUAAAUACCUGUUUCGCCAAUAAUUUAUUCUUUCGUAUAUAUUUAUUAAAUUUUUUGCUAUGGAAGGAAUAAACAUGCAAUGUGCUAUGCCAGCAUGGGAUGGUGUGCCUACCCGAGUAAUUGCAGAAGGCCAAUGGAUAGAGGAAGAUAUUUUACAACAUGGUAAAAAAGAUAUAGUGCUUAUUAUACCAGGUAACCCUGGAGUUCCAGAUUUCUACGAGGGAUUCAUGAAAUCGCUGAAAACGAAAUUGCCUUCUGAAAUACCUAUUUGGGCAGUUGGACACUCUGGACAUGUACAACCACCAAAUAAUUUGUCAUACACUAUGCCAAGUGAUUCAACUUGGAAUAUAAAUUAUAGCUUAAUAGCACAAGUGGAACAUAAGAAAAAUUUCAUAAACAAAUAUGUACCAGACGAUACCAAUUUACAUCUCAUUGGUCAUUCUAUAGGGUGUUGGAUGAUAUUACAAAUGUUAAAGGAUGAGUCUAUAUCUAACAAAAUUAAAAAAUGUUAUUUAUUGUUUCCUACUAUAGAAUAUAUGUCUAGCACUCCUAAUGGUAAAUUCUUCACUAGAUUUGUAUCACCUAUUUCAUCUUUCAUACUUUUUGUUACUUGGGUUUUUUCGUGUUUACCAUUGUUUCUGCAACAUUUUCUGAUUACUAUUUUUGCACCCAUUUAUGGUGUUCCUAAAAAGUACAACAAAGCGGUACAAUUACUUAUAAACCCUCGUAGUUUGUGGAAUGUAGUUAAAUUGGCAAAGGAAGAAAUGCAAACUGUAAAGGGACGAGAUGACACUGUGCUUUCACAGCACGCUGAUAAGCUAUGGUUUUAUUAUGGGAAUUGUGAUGGUUGGACACCAGUUAAAUAUUAUAGGAAUAUGAAAGCAACACAUCCCAACAUGAAUGCGGAACUUUGUAAGCACGGUUACCUCCAUAGUUUUGUUUUAAAAUUUGACAAGGAAAUGGGUUUUAUUGUAGGAGAUUUGAUCAGAGAAAACAUAUCAUCAUGCUAAAUAGUUAUUUAGUACUAAUUAAUUGUGUAGUUGAUUUAUAAUGUUUCUAAAUUUCUGCCUUCCCAUUGUUGAAGCUUUUAUUAACAUAUGUAACUAAUAUGCUUAUUAACAAAACAUAAAUUUGUACAUAAACAACAUAAUAUAAAUUGUUUGUAAAGUAUUUAUAUUAAUUUUAGUACAUUUAUAAAAAAGUAUAUGCAUAUGUACAUGCACAUACUUUUACAAAUGUACCACGUUCCGAAUCGUUUUCCUUACGGUUUCCAAUUCAUAUUUUUUUAAAUAAGUGCUAUAAGUUAUCGUAAUACCAUCUGGUGCUAAAAGUCCAAACUAUAAAGCAAAUAGUACUGAUUUUCUGUCACUUGAGGACUCUAUUAUCGCACAGGUUAUAUCGAAAUUUAAAUACGUACCUAUGUUAAUGUAGAAAUAUUCCUUAUAUUUCUUAUAGAGAACUUAUAAAUUCGAAUAUAUAUUACAUACACUAUACCCAAUAUAUAUUUCAUACAAAUUAUGUACAUAAAUACGGAAAUUGUCACUUUUUUGCAUACAGUAUUUGGUUUUUCUUUUAUUCAAUAGCUUACCAAACAGUGAUAGAGAUAUUAUCUGUAAACAAAUGAUAACACCGGCUUGAAGUUACAUACAUUUGUGAUACUUUUUAUUAGAAAACAUUCUUUAAGAACGAGUGCUUAUUUUAAAGAUAUUAAUUAUUUUGUAUUUUGCAAAAACAGAAACAAUAUGAGUAUGAAAGACAACUACAAUGCCUUUGACAAAUUAUGUUCUAUUUUUUCACGUAUCAUUCCUGGAAUAUAUUUACUAUAAUGAAUUUAUUCAUAUUAUUUACAUUUCUAUAAACCGGUUAAGUAUAGUGCAAAUACACACACACACACACACACACACCACGCGCGCGCGCGCGCGAACACCUUACUACACCAACAUUUUUUGCGUUGAUUACAUUGAUUUUUUACAUUGAAAAUAGUAUCAUAUUUUAUAAGAAAUUCUUUUUAAAUAACAAAUAAUUUUAUCACUACUUUUUUUUAUUAUGUUAAAAUAAGUUUUGAAGAUAGAUUUUGAUUUUCUACUGAAGAAACGUGAUAGCGUUUUCAUGAAGUUACUAAUUAAUUAAGUUGUAAGUGACAAUAAUCUACAACUUCGAUUUAAGGAAGUACAAAAAAAGGACUUGAUAUUACUAGAAUAAUCAUUUACCAAAAAUGCAAUGGUUCUUCUAAAUUUUUGAUUAUACAGAAACAUUUAGUUUAAACAAUGAUUGGAUAACGUUAAAUAAGUUUUAUCGUUAUUAAUUAAAAUGUGAUUUGAUGAUAAAAGUAAAUUUAUUUUCUAUAAGUAUAUAAUAAGGAAAAUGGAACAAAACGGAAUAAAUGAAUAUU